AUGGAACAACCUCGUCCUUUGGGGUCCUAUGGGCAAAMCCCUUCGCAGCAGAAUUCGUCAUCGCAACAAGCCGGUCCUGUCCUACCACCGCCAGGGGGCCCGUACCACCCCGGUCAACCGUCCGGACAUUCUCUCCCCGGCCUGGCAGACCUAGCCCAAGGCCACGGCGGACCACAUCAACCCUCUCCAUACGGCCAACACGCACAACCUCCACAUGGUGCAGGUCACUCACUACCCGGCAUUGGCCAGGCAAUGCAGCACCCCUCCCCACAACUCAACCGCGACCGCGAACGUGACUCCCGCGAGCGCGAAAUGCUAGAACGCCAGCGCCACGAAGACAUGGUACACCGCGAGCGCGAACAGCGCGAACGAGAACGAGAACACAUGGAGCGUCAGCGGGAACAGCAACAUACCGUCCAGAGCCACACCGGUUCGAUCCCGAUUCACCAGCCAGUUGCGUCGAAAGUGCAGAAUUCCAUUCAUGGACCGAAUGGGUUGCUUUCGAGUAUCGGAGGAGCUGCUGCUGCUGCGGCGGCGGCAGCGAAUCCACCACAGGGGUCGCUGCAAUCUGGUGGCCCUGCGAGUCUGUUUGGGGCUCAGAUGUCGUCACACCAAGAUAAUGGUCCCAGGCCGUAUAUGCAACAUCCUCAGGGGCCACCGGCGCAGCAGUUACUGGGGUUUAAUAAUGCUGCGCCUGCACAGAUUCCGGGGAAUGUAGCGGCGUUGGCGCAGGGUCAGCAGCCUAUUCUCAAUGAUGCUCUGAGCUAUCUUGAUCAGGUCAAGGUCCGCUUUGUUGAACAGCCCGACGUGUACAACAGAUUUUUGGAUAUAAUGAAGGAUUUCAAGAGCCAAGCAAUCGACACUCCCGGCGUCAUCCAGCGUGUAUCGAACCUUUUCACCGGUCACCCUGCUUUGAUCCAAGGAUUCAACACAUUCCUGCCUCCUGGCUAUCGUAUUGAGUGCGGAACAGACGAUAACCCAAACGCUAUUCGUGUGACUACACCCUCCGGCACAAAUACGCUGUCCAUGGCUACACGACCUCCUAGGGCAUCUCUUGACUCUGCCGAGGAAAUGGGUCAAUCGGCGGCGACAUUGGCUCCGCCAGGCCGUUCCGACUAUUAUGACCAUUCGCGACCAGGCUGGCAACAACCGCAGCAUGCGUCUCAGCCAGGAAUUACCGGCUCAUAUUCUCCCAACAGUCGUGUGAUGGGUGGUGGUCUUUAUGGUCAGCAGGGUCAGAACCAACAUCAAGAACAGCACUAUGAGUACGAGAACCAGCAGGCACAACAAACUUCUGCAGCUUCUGCGGCUGCUCUCCACCAACAGGAACAACGAGGCGUCGCGCAGUUGCAAAAUGCCGCGGCUGUUACUGCUGCUGCCGGUAGAGGAUCGCUAUUGCAACCGUCCACGGGCACCGCAACUGGCCCUGGGCCUAUGAAUAACCUGGCUGGUAUCGGCUCUAAUGUCCUUCAAGGCACUCAAGCAGAUUUGAAUAAGCGUGGUCCAGUAGAGUUUAACCACGCUAUUAGCUAUGUGAACAAGAUAAAGAAUCGUUUCGCAAGCGCUCCAGAGAUAUACAAGCAAUUUCUUGAGAUACUGCAAACAUACCAACGGGAAUCCAAACCUAUCCAGGACGUUUAUGCUCAAGUCACACAGCUUUUCCACACAGCUCCUGAUCUGCUUGAAGAUUUCAAGCAGUUCCUCCCUGACUCUGCAGCUUCAAACAAACAGCAAGCACAGGCUGGCAGACCUCCUAUGGACGAGGCUGCACCUACUAGCAAUCUUCGAGGUGAAGCUCCAUACCCAGCAAAUGGCCCAGCUCAGUCACAGCUUCCUGGUCGUGACGUGAAGAUGCCACCUAUGGGACAGUUCAAUGUGAAAGACCCCGCCAAAGAUACCAAAAAGCGUCGAGGUGCUCCGCUCAAUGUGAAUACUCUAGGUGCUCCUAUUGCAGGAUCUUCUGCGGACGCUUCCAGAAUGGGUGAUUUGCAAUCCAACCGUGCAGGCAGUGUUCAAGCAGUAGGAAUGGCUAAGAGAGCCAAAAUCCACCACAACAAACCAAUGACAGUUGACGGCCCUGCGGUGUCACCAACUCUGGUGCCUGCUCUUCCAGAGCCCAUCCCGCCAACCUUUUCCAUUCUGCCCAACAAUGACGAAUUUGCUUUCUUUGACCGCGUGAAGAAAUUCAUUGGCAACAAACAAACCUUUGGCGAGUUCCUCAAGCUUUGCAACCUCUACUCCAACGACUUGAUCGAUCGCAACGUGCUGGUAAAGAGGGCAGCAGGUUUUAUUGGAUCGAAUCCUGAACUGAUGUCAUGGUUUAAACGCUUCAUGCAUAUCGAGGAGGCAGAAGAUCGUGUCAUCGAUCUAAAACCAAAGCAGGAACCUGGUCUAGUGAACCUUGCUCAUUGUCGAUCGCUUGGGCCUAGUUACCGUCUUCUGCCUAAACGCGAGCGACAGAAGCCAUGUAGCGGUCGGGAUGAGUUGUGCUACAGUGUGCUCAACGAUGAGUGGGCUUCUCACCCAACAUGGGAGUCUGAAGAUUCUGGCUUCGUGGCCCAUCGCAAGAACCAGUUUGAAGAUGCUCUCCAUCGCAUUGAAGAAGAUCGUCAUGACUACGACCAUCACAUUGAGGCGUGUGUGCGAACUAUCCAGCUCAUCGAGCCUAUCGUCCAGCAGUUUUUGGUGAUGUCUGAAGCCGAGCGUGCUGCCUUUGUACUUCCUCCUGGUCUCGGCGGGCAGAGUGAAUCCAUUUACAAGCGCGUUAUCAAAAAGGUGUACGAUCGCCAACGCGGAGAGCUCAUCAUUCAGCAAAUGUUUGAACGCCCAUGCCAUGUUCUACCAGUUCUGCUGUAUCGUUUGAAGCAGAAGUGCGAAGAAUGGAAGGCCAGCCAGCGCGAGUGGGACAAGGUCUGGCGCGAACAGAUGCAGAAAUGUUUCUGGCGCAGUCUCGACCAUCAAGCCAUCACCAACAAAGGCAUGGACAAGAAACUCUUUUCGUCCAAGAACAUCCACAAUGAAAUCCAGGCCAAGUACGAGGAGGGUAGAAAUAUUCGCAAGAGUGGCUAUCAGCUUCCUUCUCAUCAGUUUGAGUUUGAAUUUUCAGAUCCUGCCGUUAUCAUCGACGCUACUCAGCUGCUGCUUACAUACAUUGAGCGCAACACUGGCUUGGGUCAGGAUCCACAGCGCGUUGCAGCCUUUAUCAAAGAUUUUAUUCCAAUCUUCUUUGGUAUGGACCGGGAUACAUUCCAUAUUUACAUGAAUGAGGUGGCUAGUAGCAAUGAUGAGACGGACGAUGACGGUAUGGCUGUCGAUGGUGCGUCUACCCCUCAAAGUCGUCGCGUUGCUACAUCAAAGAAGUUGGAUCUUCUCCGUGACGUUCUCGAGCGUCGUGGUGAUAAGGGUAUGCUCGCAGGCACGGGUGUCAGCCGAGACGUGACGCCAGACGCUAUUCUUGUUCCUUCGACCCCAGUACCAGACCCUACAGAGCCGUUUGAUGUUUCGGAGCUCAAGUGGAUGGAGCAUCCUAAUCAGGGCAACUUCAACCUCCAGCGUGAGUACAACUUGAACCAGUCAUACGAAAAGAAGGUGCACCAUCUGUACAGCAAUUUGACCGUGUACUGUUUCUUCCGCUCCUUUGAGCUUCUGUACAGCCGUUUGCUGAAAGUCAAGCUCCACGAAAAGGAGGCACACGAAGAUGUCCGACGCCAGCUUUUACCCAAGGCUGCCCAGGAGCUUGGAUUGCUGGACAAGACGCCUAACGAUUUCUUCUAUGAUACCAGCCCAAACGCCAAUCUGUAUCAACAGAUUGUCCGCAUGUGCGAGGAGGUUGUCAAGAACGACCUCGACGGAUCUCACCUUGAAGAGACAUUGCGUCGGUACUAUCUCAAGAGUGGCUACCAGUUGUACAAUCUCGAGAAGAUCCUGAGUGGCAUUGCUCGAUUCGUUGCCGCUAUUUUCAAUGGUGACGUCAAGGAUCGUAGUGCUGAUAUUGUCAAUCUCUUCUUCAAGGAGAGGGAGAAGGAAGAGACUACGCACAACCAGGAGAUUCAGUACCGCAAGCAGGUUGAGCGAAUGAUCAAGGACGGUGAUAUCUAUCGCGUUACCUACAACCCAACGACGCAAAAGACGUUUGUGCAACUGCUCACUGCAGAAGACAGCACUUUUGAAAACGAAGAACUAAGCCAAGAAGCUCGCUGGUCAUACUACGUCUCAGCGUACACGAUGCGCGAUCCCACCGAAGGCGUUUCGUUCUCCCAGAUGCGCAUGCCUUUCCUGAAACGCAACCUCCCCGCCAAACUCGAGCGAGACGAAGAAUACAACCGCUACUACCGCCGUCUAGUGCAUCAUGACGGGCUGAUCAUUCGCAUCUGCGCAAACAGCUACCAUAUCCUCUACGAACCCGGCAGUUACGACUGGUGGUGGCGGCCCACAGCCACCAGCCAGGAAGAAUCCGAAGAAAACGUGAAGGAGCUGGUAACAAUCAGAGAGCGCCGCCACGACCGCUUCCGCGAGAAAUUCAUCAAUAAUCCCGGUUGGGCUCACGGGUUGAGUAAAGACGAAGUCGACGCAUCUAAUCAGAAGUUUCGUGCAUGGGUUAAAGAUCCCAAUGCGCCCGAGGAUGUUGAUAUGGAUGCUGGCUCAAGUACUGCUACUACUGCUGCUACUGGCGACGCCAAAUCAGAAACCAAACCUUCAUCCGAUGACCCCGCGACAACCACCAAUGGAAAGGAGAGUAAUGAAGACGCCGAUAUGCUGGAUGCAGCCGAACCGGGAACCACCAAGACCGAGGAAGAGUAG